UACUUGCCAGGUUUCAACGCUUCGUACGACUACGUAGUUGUGGGAGGUGGAACAGCAGGUUUAACAAUAGCGACCCGCCUUGCCCAAAAUGGAAGCUACUCUGUCGCCGUCAUCGAAGCAGGAAGCUUCUAUGAGUUGGACAACGGUAACUUCAGUCAGAUCCCAUAUGUGAGCCAUUACCAUGAUGAGGUUCACAUUGCUCAUCCACUGACAAACAACAAGUACGAGUCCGAGUCAGCUAGCGUAUCGCCUGAUCUUUCGACUGUCAACAGCCUCAUCGAUUGGAAGUUUCUCACCACACCACAAUCAGCGCUGUCAAACCGUACGAUCCACUAUGCGCGUGGAAAGUGUCUCGGUGGUUCCAGCGCGCGCAAUUACAUGGUCUACAACAGAGGCACCGUGGGCGCUUUCGCGACCUGGGCAAAUCAAGUCGGAGACCGCCGCUGGGAGUGGGAUAACGUGUAUCCCUACUACCGCAAGUCCUCACACUAUACGCCCGCAAACACAGUUUUACGUCCUUCCAACGCGUCCCUAGGUACAGUAGAUGAGACGACGUCGUUUGAGAAGCAGGGUGGCCCUCUUCAAGUCAGCUUGCCGAAUUAUGCCCAACCGUGGUCAUCGUUUCUACCCAGUGGGUUCGAGGAAAUGCACGUUCCUCUCUUGAGUCAGGGCAUCAACGCAGGUGUUCUUGACGGAUAUGCGAGUAUCACACUGACUGUAGAUCCUGCCGAUGAAACCCGCAGCUCUUCCGAGACUUCGUUCUUGAGGACUGCUCUUAUGGAUACUGAUUUGGUUGUCUAUACCCAUGCUUUGGCCAAGCGGAUUUUGUUUGACGACGAUAAGAGGGCACGCAGUGUCUUGGUCGAUGUCGCCGGCAUGCAAUUCCAGGUCGAUGCCACGCAGGAGAUUAUUCUGUCCGCAGGAGCCUUCCAGUCACCUCAGCUGUUGAUGGUGUCUGGUGUUGGACCUCGAGCGAUUCUCAACAAGCAUCGAAUCCCAAUCGUUGCAGAGCGUCCUGGUGUUGGACAGAACAUGUGGGUGAGUCAGAUAGUCUCUGAUAAUAACGUGCAGGCCGGUGGCUUAAUGAAGUCGAUAGGACAACCCGCUCCGCUAUCUUACAAGGUCAAUGUAGAAACAACUUCGGUCCUGCAAAACGAUCCCACUCGGAUCUAUGAGGAGACCGAAAACUACGUUGCACGACAAUCGGGCCUUUUAACAAGUAUGGGUGCUGAUACAAUCGGCUUUCUGAAACUAUCGAAUCUGGCAUGGACGAAUAUGAGCUCGGCGACCAGAGCAGAUUUUCAAACAGCUUUCCCUCCCGACUGGCCAGAGACUGAAGUUGUCUCUUUUGCUGUUGGUCCCAACGACGGCAUCAACAACUUUGCCACCAUUUCAACUGGCUUGCUCGCUACGUUCAGUCGUGGCACCGUCUCCCUCAAUUCCCCAGAUAUGGCAGAUGCGCCUUUGAUCGACCUUGCAUUCCUCUUGGACAAAAGAGACCAAGAUUUGGCUAUCGCAGCAUUUAAAUACGCUCGGCGAUUGGCCGCCACAAAAUCGCUUCAACAAGCCAUCAUAGGCGAGGAAUUCUUUCCCGGACCUCAAGUCGGCACUGAUGCCGAGAUUUUGGAGUUCUUGCAACAGAGUGUUUCACCAUUUUUCCAUGCGUCUUGCACAUGCAAGAUGGGGAAAGUCAAUGACAGUAUGGCUGUUGUGGAUGCAGAGGCAAGGGUGAUUGGUGUCAAGGGCCUUAGAGUUGUUGAUGCUAGUGCGUUUGCAUUGCUUCCUCCUGGUCAACCUCAAGCCACAGUAUAUAUGAUGGCGGAGAUGAUUGCAGCCAUGAUCCUGGAGGAUGCCUCGAAGCCAGAAUCAAUGAAACGGGAAGCACAGAGGCAGGGAAAGUCGUCGAUUGAUCUCGGGACUCAGGAAUUG